AUGUCCAUCCAUAUGUUCCUCUGUCUCUCCUCUCUCUCUCUCUCUCUCUGUCUUUAUUUAUUUUUUUUCUUGAGUUUUAAACCUCUUUCUUUCUCUUUCCUUCUUUUUUCUUUCUUUUUCUUUUUUUCUUUUUUCUUUCUUUUUUCUACUUUUCUUUAUUUCUUUUUCUUUUUGUUCGUUUGUUUUUUCUUUUCUUUCUUUCUUGUUUGUUUCUUUCUUUCUUCGUUCAUUCGUUCCUUCCUUUCUUUGUUUCUUUCUUUCUUCCUUCCUUUUUUCUUUUUUCUUUCUUUCUUUUUCUUUCUCCCUUUCUUCAUUUUUCUUUCUUUCUUUCUUUCUUUUGCAAAUUUAUUUAUUUCUCUCUUGAGUUUUAAACCUCUUUCUUUCUUUUUCCUUCUUUUUCUUUCUUUUUCUUUUUUCUACUUUGUUCUUUCUUUCUUUUUCUCUUUUGUUUGUUUUUUUUUUUUUUCUUUCUUUCUUUCUUUCUUUCUUUUUUUCUUUCUUGUUUGUUUAUUUCUUUCUUCGUUCGUUCCUUUCUUUCUUUUUUCUUUCUUUCUUCCUCUCUUUUUUCUUUCUUCUUGUUUUUUUCUUUGUUCUUUCUUUUCUUUCUUCCUUUUUCUUUCUUUCUUUCUUUUUUCUUUCUUUCUUUUACAAAUGUAUUUUCUUUCUUUUUUAUUUUAUUUUUAUACCCAGUCUUUCAUUCUUUCCUUUACGAAAAUAUGCUCCUUCUUCUUAUCAUUUAUUCUGAUUUUGCAUCUUUCUUUUGGGGAUUCUCUCUCUCUUUCUUUUAAUCGAUCAAUUCAUUUCUCUUUUUUUUCUGCUAUUUUGAUAAUUUUUCUAUCUAUCUAUCUAUCUAUCUAUGCCAUUUUAUAUCUACCUGUCUGUUCAUAUCUAUCUAUCUAUCUAUCUAUCUAUCUAUCUAUCUAUCUAUCUAUCUAUCUAUCUAUCUAUCUAUCGCUGGCAGUUCAUAUCUAUCUAUCUAUCUAUCUAUCUAUCUAUCUAUCUAUCUCUGUUCGUUCGUAUCUAUCUGUUUCAGUUCAUAUCUAUCUCUGUCCGUUCAUAUCUAUCUAUCUAUCUAUCUAUCUAUCUAUCUAUCUAUCUAUCUAUCUAUCUAUCUAUCUCUUUCAUAUCUAUCUAUCUCUGUCAGUUCAUAUCUAUCUGUUUCAGUUCAUAUCUAUCUCUGUCAGUUCAUAUCUAUCUAUCUAUCUAUCUAUCUAUCUAUCUAUCUAUCUAUCUAUCUAUCUCUUUCAUAUCUAUCUAUCUAUCUAUCUCUGUCAGUUCAUAUCUAUCUAUCUAUCUAUCUAUCUAUCUAUCUAUCUAUCUAUCUCUGUUAGUUCGUAUCUAUCUGUUUCAGUUCAUAUCUAUCUCUGUCAGUUCAUAUCUAUCUAUCUAUCUAUCUAUCUAUCUAUCUAUUCAUCUAUCUAUCUAUCUAUCUAUCUCUGUCAGUUCAUAGCUAUCUAUCUAUCUAUCUAUCUAUCUAUCUAUCUAUCUAUCUCUGUUAGUUCGUAUCUAUCUGUUUCAGUUCAUAUCUAUCUCUGUCAGUUCUAUCUAUCUAUCUAUCUAUCUAUCUCUGUCAGUUCAUCUAUUCAUCUAUCUAUCUAUCUAUCUAUCUCUGUCUAUCUAUCUAUCUAUCUAUCUAUCUAUCUAUCUAUCUCUGUUAGUUCGUAUCUAUCUGUUUCAGUUCAUAUCUAUCUAUGUCAGUUCAUAUCUAUCUAUCUAUCUAUCUAUCUAUCUAUCUAUCUCUGUUAG